GGUGCCCGCCCCCGGCCCUCCCCCGGCUCUCCCCGGUUGCAUGCACCCCACAGCCGGGCGAGCCGCUCCGAGCCCAGCCGAGCCGCCUUCCCGGCCAGCCCUCGCCGCGCAACAGUUGCCCCCAAGUCGCGGCCGCCCCCCGCCUCCCUUCCCCGGGGGAGCCCCCUCGGCGCCGGGAGGAGGAGGAGGAGAAGGAGGAGGCGAGGGCUGCCCUGGGCGGGGGGCUCGGAGCCGCUGCCGCUUUGCAGGGCUGAGCACUGCCGCUUUCAUCGCUUCGCUGCCGCCGCCCGGGGCCGGGAGAAGGAGCUCCUCGGAUCCCGGCUUCUCGCCUCCCCGCAGGGAUGGAGCGGGGUGGCGGGGCCGCGGCGCGGCUCCUCUCCGCCGGGCGCAGCCGCCCCCUCCUCCGGCUGCCGGAGCGGAGCUGCCCCGCCGCCGGGCACCGGCCCCCGUGCUAGGCUGCCGGGGGGCGCCGAGCCCCAUCCCGCACCUCCUGGACCCCUCGUCCGCCCCCUGAACCCUUCCUGCACCCCCCCCCAACCCCCUGUGCAUCCCUUUGCGCAUCUCCCCUAACCCCUUGUGCAUCCCACCCAACCCCCCCUGUGCACCCCCCACCCCCUUGUGCAUCCCCUCUAUUCCCUUCUGCACCCCCUUGUGCCCCAUCUCCGUGGUCGCAAGCCCCCCCCCCUUGCAUGCAGCCCCAGGGCUGCGGGAGCCGGGGCCACACACCAUGGGCACCAAGCAGACCAAGGGCUGCCAGCCGGGCAGCGCUGGGGAGAGCCCCCCGGCCCACCACCGCAAGAAGGUACCCCCCAGGGAAAGGGGGGACUUCCUCGCCUCCCUCGUGGUCAAGUCCGGCGAGAAGUUUGGGAAGGGCGGUGGCAGCAGCUUGCCCCCUUACCACCGGCGGAUCUGCAUGAUCCAGGACAUGCUGGUGCUGGUGAAGCAGGGGAAGCAGGAGGAGGCCACCGAGCUGCUGAGGCACCUGCGGCAGGAUUUAGGAAUGGAAUCGACCUCUCUGGAUGAUGUCCUCUAUCGAUACGCCAGCUUUCGAAACCUGGUGGAUCCAAUCACUCACGACUUGAUCAUCAGCCUUGCUAGAUACAUCCACUGCCCCAAACCGGAGGGGGACUCCCUCGGGGCCAUGGAGAAGCUUUGCCGGCAGCUCACCUACCACCUCAGCCCCCACUCGCAGUGGAGACGCCAGGGCAUCAUGAAGAGGAAGCCACAGUCCUGCUUGAAAGCUGUCCUGAUGGGGAAGCCUCAGGACAACACAGUGGACUUGUCGGGCAUCCCGCUGACGCUGAAAGACUUGGACCGUGUCACGUCCUACCUCCAGCACAGCUCGGAGCACAUCGACACGGUGGAGCUGUGCUUCACGGAGCUGACGGAUGACAUGCUGCUGCAGCUGCUGCCGGUGCUCUGCGUGCUGCCCCACCUCACCACCCUCUCCCUCAACGGCAACCGGCUCACCAAAGCCAUCCUACGGGACCUCACCGAAACCCUGAAGGACCCCAAGAAGUUCCCCAGCGUCACCUGGAUCGACCUUGGCAACAAUGUGGACAUCUUCUCCUUGCCACAACCCUUCUUGGUCAGCCUGAAGAGACGAUGCCCAAAGCAAGGCAACUUGCCAACCAUUCUGGAGUUCGGCGAGGGUCAGGUAAGCGAUUUGGAGAGCCAAGAUGGCCUGGCCGAGAGCCAGGAGGACCUGCGAGCUGGACCAGGCGAGACGGACAACAUGGGCUUGCAGCAGACGGACAGAACAGUCGAGGCCGGGGAGCUCCCCAACUCGGAGCAAGGUGCUGCGACACCGCAGACAUGAUGUCCGGCUCCGUGGAUCUUGGGUGGGCACGUUGAGCAAGGAUGACUUAAAAUUGAGACCUCAGUGUUGGAGGUGCUGGAGGGUCAGUCCACACGGUGGGAUGCUUCGGGAGUCUGGACUGCUGCCUUCCUCCCCUGCGAUGAAUGUCAACUUGCUUCUUUUCAAAGAACACGUAAAGGUGAUUGUGUUGAAUACUUGUAUUUUAUAAAAGCUGGCCGGGUAUUUUUAAACGUUAGUGGUGUGCUAUGCUUUUUUAACCUCUCAAAAAAGCAUCUCCAAGGUGGUGUAACAUGGGGCCCUUAGAAGAGCACAAAAGGGGAGAAGGAAGGUGCCCAGGCUUUGCGGGGAAGGGCUCCCUUUCCUUAGCGCUGGAUCCAGCCUGACCCCAGCUGCUCUCCCAGGCGCGAUGGACAGACAGCGGUCACCCCAAAGAGGGCUGCCAGCCAGAUAAACCUUAAAUCCUUUCCAACCCUGGCUUCAGGAGCGGCUGAUGAAGAGCGUAUCUGCUGAGAGACAACGAAAGUCUCACCACGCGCUAACCAGGGGUGUUUUCUCUUAAUAUUGUGAGCCAGCCCCGAGGGAGAGCUUUGCUUUCCUGGCGCGGAGCUAAAUCCCAGCCCGUUGCGUGCCUGGGUGCUGCUCUCGCCCUCCAGCCUUACGGGAACGGGGCUGGCACUUGUGCCUGCCCAGUAUUUAUUCAGAUGUAAAAUCCCGUUUCCCACCCGCCCUGCCGCUGUCAUAACCCCGGCGCUUUUAACCGCGCUACCUGGAGCUUGCACCAGCAGCGCUGAGAGUAUUUGAUCCGUUUUGGGGCGCAACCCGCAAAAUCCGGCGCCGGGGCUCAGCUCAGGUUCGUUCCUGUUGCUGAUAAAAGAGACCACAGUAGUGAAGAUUUAUAAAAGAAAAAAAUAACGCUGGGGUUCAUCCCUGUGUCACCGCCGCCGAGGGCUGGGUGGACACGGCCGGCUGGAGACUUAAAGCCUCCGAAAGGCUGUUGGGUCUCUUGGCUGCGUCCGUUGCCCCCUGGACCAGAAGUGCUUUGUUUCUAAAAAUAUCAUUUUGUUGGUUUGUUUGUUUUUUUGUUUUUUUUUUUUUUCUAAGAGACAUGGUUUUGAUUUUAUCUUCUUUUUGAUGGAAAAUGGCUCACCCCAGAGCAGCAGCGCUGGAAUGGGCCCUUUUGAACCAGAAUUUCCUUUGAUCCUAAAUCUGGGAGGGGGGGGGGGAGAAAAAGAAAGUGUGAAAAACCUCCUCUCCCUUACAUUCAAAGGACCAAACACGACUCCCUUUGCUAAGGGGGAGCCCCUUUCUACCUGUUCAAAGCCCCAUCCCCGACCGGCUUUACAGCACGGUUUUCCCAGCUCGCAGCUUUACUCCGGUUUUGCUGCUUCUGGGCGCAAACACCGCCGGGCUUUUUUGGUCGUCUCUUUGGCUCUGUUCAUUUAACAUCACCGCACCGGGAAGCUUUUUCCAGAGGGGCUUCACGCCGUGGGUUGUUGUUUCUCCUCCGUACGCAAGUAGAUAACUUAGAAGAAACUCUGCUACUCGUUUUAAUACAUUUGGCAAUGUUCAGUAUGAUUUGCAUGUAUCCAAGCCUUUUUCCUUUUUUCUUUUUUUUUUUUUUUUUAAUUUUAAUGCUAACUCUUUCCAACAGGCAUGAAAAAAACCAAACAACUUUGCAGCGAAUAAACUGUUCUGUCCGAAAUAAAGGAGCUAUCCGUAAUCAAAAUAAAGGACAAUGUUUAAUAAC